AGGCUCCAGCGGUGACGUAGACUUCCGGUUCGGUGGCCUGACGUGCGCACGGCUGUCUCGAGGGCUCGGGGGUUGUUUUGGUGCGGUGGGUCCGGCACCUCAGCCCUCCAGAGUGCCAUGAGGUCGGUUAGUUAUGUGCAGCGCGUGGCGCUGGACUUCAGCGGGAGUCUCUUCCCGCACGCCAUCUGCCUCGGGGACGUGGAUAACGACGCGUUAAAUGAGCUAGUAGUGGGAGACACCAGUGGAAAACUGUCUGUGUAUAAGAAUGAUGACAGCCGGCCAUGGCUUACCUGCGUAUGCCAGGGAAUGUUGACUUGCGUUGGGGUCGGAGAUGUCUGUAAUAAAGGAAAGAACCUGGUGGUAGCAGUCAGCGCAGAAGGCUGGCUUCACUUGUUUGACCUGACAUCCACCAAGGCUCUGGAUGCUUCUGGACACCAUGAGACACUUGGAGAGGAGCAGCGACCUGUCUUCAAGCAGCACAUCCCGGCCAACGCAAAGGUCAUGCUGAUCAGCGACAUCGAUGGAGAUGGGUGUUAUGAACUGGUGGUAGGAUACACAGACCGUGUGGUGCGGGCCUUCCGCUGGGAAGAGCUGGCUGAGGGGCCUGAACACCUGGCAGGGCAGUUGGUGUCCCUCAAGAAGUGGAUGCUGGAGGGUCAGGUGGACAGUCUCUCUGUGACCCCAGGGCCUCUGGGCGUGCCUGAGCUGGUUGUGUCGCAGCCAGGUUGUGCUUAUGCAGUAUUGUUAUGCCCUUGGAACAAGGACACUGCCUCCCCUCCUUCCUCUGAGGAGGCUCCAGGAGACAGUAGGGAGACCCCAGCUGCCCGAGAUGUGGUACUGCACCAGACAUCAGGCCGGAUCCACAACAAGAACGUUUCCACUCACCUGAUUGGCAACAUCAAACAAGGUCAUAACCCUGAAGGUGGUGACGCAGGCCUCUUUGCUCUGUGCACCCUAGAUGGGACACUGAAGCUGAUGCAGGAAGCAGAUAAGCUGCUGUGGUCUGUGCAGGUAGAUCAUCAGCUUUUUGCCCUGGAGAAGCUGGAUGUCACGGGCAAUGGGCUUGAGGAGGUGGUAGCAUGUGCCUGGGAUGGACAGACAUAUAUCAUCGAUCACAACCGCACUGUUGUGCGCUUCCAAGUGGAUGAAAAUAUCCGCGCCUUCUGUGCAGGUCAGUAUGCCUGCAAAGAGGGCCGCAACAGUCCCUGCCUGGUGUAUGUCACUUUCAAUCAGAAGAUCUACGUGUACUGGGAGGUGCAGCUGGAGCGUAUGGAGUCCACUAAUCUUCUGAAGCUGCUGGAGGCUGAGCCUGAGUAUCCCAGCCUACUGCAGCAGCUGGGUGUGGAUCCUGAAGAUCUCCCUGCAGUCUGUACUCUGCUUCACCAGACACUCUACCAUCCGGACCAGCCACUACAGUGUACCCCCUCAAGCUUCCAGGACCCCACCUAGCUAGGCUUGACCACUUAGCUGGCGAAGGAUCCUUCUGAACCCCCAACCCUGUCCCAAAGUGAUUCAUGAUCUUGGCAGGAUGGGGACUGUAUAUUACAGAGGAGCAGGACUUGGUUCUCAGCCUGGAUGGAUGGUAGCCCCCUUGAGAGCCUUUGAUGAAGAGAUCAGUUGCCCCUCUGCUUGCUGCCCCAUGGUCCCCUCUCAUGCUCCCUGCUCUCACUGCAGGAAACAAGACUUGUUUGUGAGACAAGGCAGCAAACCUUUUCGGUGAUCCAACACCUGAAAGGCUUCAGGCCUGAGAAACUGAGGGAGCAUGGAGGUUGCCCCCGCCCCCACCCCUCUGCUGAGUGCUGACUUUCACAGCGUAGCUCUAGGCAGCUGACACAGCAAUUAUUGCAGGAAUGGCAGAGUGUUCAGGACAUCUUUUAGGGUAUUUUCCUGUCUCAUCUCUGUGUUCUUCCAUUUACUGAAGCAACUAGGUCAGGGCUUUCUCAUUUUGUCAUAUUCUUCCCCCCACCCCCAAUUCGGGUUUUGUUUAGGGGUUUUGUUUUGGUUGUUAGUUUUGUUUUGUAUGUCUGCGAGUGUGCAGAGGUGGAGCCGGGGCUUUCACACGCUAGCCAAGCCCUGUGCUAUUCAGCUGCACCCAAGACCACCAUACUCUAAAGUAUUGUGCUGCUUCCCAAACAUCAGCUGUCUGUAGGAAAAUAGACACGCGUACUUUGUCUUCCAUGAUGCUGCACCAGUGUAAUUCCAAUUCUUGAGAGGAGUAUCAUGGUCCAAAGCCAGCCAAGGCUCCAUAGCAAGUCUGAGACCAGCGUGGAUCACAUUUGGAGAUCUUAUCUCAAAUAAAACAAAACCAAAGGCAUUAACAAUCUGAA